GGACAUUUAGCUUUGGCCAAAUAAGGACCUCAUCAGUUACCAACUGAAUAAAAGCAUGGUGGCUUUUUAUUUUCAAAGCAUGGUUUCAGCAAUAUAUUCACAAAGAACCUCAGACAUUUUGAAAAAAGUAUUUGGCAUCUUACAUUGCUUGGCUAAAUGAACACUAAAUAUAGACCGACAUCAAGCUGGAGUUUCUGGGCCUUGUAGGAGCACCUGUGCGCUGAAGGAAGGCAAAGAAAGAACCACAGAAUUUGUAAAGUUUUGUUGCAGUUGCUUCUGAUCAGGUUUUUUUUUUUUUUUUUUUCCUGGCCUCCUAGCAGUCAAAGCUCACAUUUUUGAACAAUGAAUCAUUCCCAGGACACAGGCCCUGGAGGCAUGCCUGAAGACAGAAAACUUUAUAUUGUGGAUUCCAUAAACGACUUAAACAAACUUAACCUCUGUCCUGCGGGAUCACAGCACCUGUUCUCCCUCGAGGAGAAAAUCCCGGAUGUUGGCACUAACUCAGGAAAAGGAAGUCAUAGUCUGUUUUUUAUGGGGCUGAUAAUUGUGCUGAUUGUCAGCCUGGCACUGGUUUCCUUCGUGAUUUUUCUAAUAGUUCAAACUGGAAACAAGAUGGAUGACGUGUCAAGAAGACUAACAGCUGAGGGAAAGGACAUAGACGAUCUUAAGAAAAUCAACAGCCUGAUUGUAAAGCGACUCAAUCAACUGGACGCUGAACAAAACUAAAGAAAUGAACAUCUAAAAGCAGCUGCUAACACCGGAGCUUCGCGCUAG